AUGAGUGUCCUAGUUUGGAAUUUUCGUAGGCUUGGGAACCCACAGACAAUUCGAGAGCUCGGGAAUUUUGUUCGGGCACAAGAUCCUGCGGUCAUGUUCUUGGCCGAGACAUGGCUGGAUGAAGUUAGGCUAAAGUCUCUUUUGCAGAAUUUUGUUUAUGACCAGAUGUUUGUUGUUUCAAAAAUAAAGCAGGGGGGCGGACUAGCUCUUCUGUGGAGGUCUGAUUUUGAUGUUAAGGUGGUCUCUUCUUCACUCAACCAUAUUGAUGCAGUGAUUAAUUCGGGUAAGGAAAACUCUUGGAGAUUUACCGGUUUCUACGGCAACCCCGAGACUCACAAGCACCACGAAUCUUGGGCUAUUCUAAAAAAUCUUAACCGAAACUUUUCUUUGCCAUGGUUAUGUGCAGGUGAUUUUAACGAGAUUUUAAGGUCUCAUGAAAAGAAAGGUGGUAGAGCAAGACCGGAGGUUCAGAUGAGGGAUUUCCGUGAAACAUUAGAUGAAUGUGUUUUUGCUGACUUGGGGUUUAUUGGACAAAAAUUCACUUGGUGUAAAAGAUUGACAGGUGGUGUUACAGAAUGGGAGCGCCUUGACAGAUCUGUAGCUAAUCAUGAAAGGAUUUCUCUGUUUCCGAGUUAUUCAGUAACUCAUCUUGAUAUGGCUUUCUCGGAUCAUAAGCCUUUAAGUAUUCAUAUGGAGGGGCUGCCAAUUCGAAAUCAAAGACCUUGGAGGUUUGAACAAGUAUGGUUAAAUGAUGAGUCUUGUUGUACUAUGGUGGAAGCAGCUUGGGAGAGCCCUUUUUUCUCUUCUAAUCCGAUGUCAGUGGUUAAGGCUAAUGUGAACAAUUGUCAGAGGAUAUUGAAAGAGUGGAGUAGGGUUUCUUUUGGUAAUAUCUCUCGGACUCUAGCUGAAAAGAAAAAGCAAAUCAAAGUGGCGGAAGGGGAAGUGGUAAGAAGUGGUAAUGGUGACUGGUUACAUGUUUUGAAGGCAGAAUUGAGAGAACUCCUUACCAAGGAAGAGAAGCUUUGGCAGCAACGUUCAAAGCUGCAUUGGCUUAAAGAAGGGGACCAAAACACACGUUACUUUCAUGGUAAAGCUUAUUAG